AAGACACCUUGAUGCAUGUGCUAAUAAUCCUCCGUGAUGAUCAUUAUUUCACUUAAACUUCUUUUAACAAUGUGUUUUGGCUCCUUAGCUACAGAUCCCAAUAAGAUAACAGUCAGCCAAAGUCCAACGGAAAUACACAUAUCAAUUGGAGACUGCGCUGAAAUCGCCUGUAUUUGGGAAAAACCUGUUGUGAGGUAUAGGCUAAGCUGGUAUCUUGUUAAUGAAGAGAACAUCACCAAAACUAUAUCAUCAAAACUUUUCUACGUAUCCAACGUCACCCAUGAAAGCAAGGAUGUGCUAGUGAUAAAAUCUGCCAAUGUAAAUGACACUGGAUUUUACUACUGUGAGAUCAUUAUUGAAAUACCUUUCUGUAAGAAAAUACGUGGAAAUGGGACAACAGUGACUGUUGAAGGUAGAGCAGCUCACUCAUUUCAAGAGAGAGAUUUGGCAAUAUGGACGAUCAUUCCUUUCUUAGCAGCAGUGGGAAUCUUGUAUCUUUGCUACAAAAAGAAACAGCACUCAAAACCUUCUGGUUCUGCACAACUUCCUGCACCAGCGGGAAGGCAUCAGGAGGACCAGAUGCUUGAAGUUGCAGAACUUUGUGGGAGAGAUGAAUCCAACAGCAAAGCAGCUGAGGAAAACUCAUCGUGUAAUUCUGUUGAAUGGGCUGUUUCUACACUUUAUGAACCCUGUGAUUAUUUUUACAAUGAAUCAAGAGGAAAAGAUGACAAAUCCACUUGACUCUUGUAUCCAACGCAGCAGAUGAGCAAAUCCCACAAACUAGGGCAGCUGAAAAAGCCUAGAACAAGAGUGAGACAAGGAUCCGCCAUCUACUUUGACUUUCAGAACUAAAAGGACAAUGUCAUAAACAAAUAACUAUGAAACUGAAAACAAUAUGAAAACAAAUUUGCUGCUGAAGGAUGGAUUAAAUGAGUUUCCUGUCAGAAGUAUGUCAGUGGGACAGUACACAAGAAAAAAGGCUGGUUCCAAGCAGUCUCUGAAUGUUUUGUCACUAACAAAACACUGUAAGGAGUCUGUGAAUUUGGAGGGUAUGUCAUUUUAGAAGACUGUCUUCAACUCUUACCCUGUGUCCAGAAAUAACAAAGGAUGUAUUAUCAUACUUGGAAAAAUCUUCUGGAUUGAACAUUCUCCAACAAAAACAUUACUUUGGGCAGCCCAUGUAUAAAUAGCGGAAGAUACAGAAAAAAUGCACAUGGUGGUAAUCAUUUGACCGAAUAGACAGCAGUGCACGUAGGACGGAGUCUGAUCUCUGCAACUGUUAUCCGUGCUGACCAUGUCAUAGCAAGAGUGGUAUGUCAGAAAGGAUUACAUUCCUGUGGAAAGGGACUGUUAGUGUUAAUUGAUGCACACAGUAUGAAAAGUCUUCCAGAGAAGGUAGUCACCUACACACAAUGAAAUACUAGGUUUAAAUGAAGCUAUAUAUAAUAUUAUUAUGUAUAAUUAUUGUCUAACUGGAGGGAUGUGUGCUUGGAGGAGAUGGGAGUGUUAACACUUGUUCCACUUUUGCCAGUUCUAAAACUUUAAAUAAAUCACUGAAGAAAUAAAUCAAAACUGAAAAUGUAAGUAAAACCUGGCUUCCAAGGUCUGAACAGAGGUAAAGAGUAUUGACAGCAAAGCUAAUGGCAGUUGUCCAAGGACUGCUGAAUACUAAGAGCAGAUACCUGAAAUGUGAAUGUAUUUAUGCACCAGAGUUAUUUCAUCCUCUGUUUUUUCAGAGCUUAAAAGCUUUUGCUCCAGCAAAGCAGGGAGAAACGACUUCACUGCUUAAGAAGUGUGUUACGGCUUGUACCCGGGCAGUGCCAUAGAUGCAGACUAAAGCACAGCAAUUUAAGAGCAAGGCUGGCACAAUGUGUUCUAAAGCCUCAUAUGUGUUCUGCUGUGCUUUUCAUGUCUCAUCAAUGUACUUGGCUUAAUCAUAGCCCUACAAACGAGGCUCCCUCUCUGUUUCUGUCACACUCAUGAUGCUGGUUUGGAGAGCUAGUAUAGUCAACUUGAGACUACAGCCCUGAACCAGUGCACAAUCAUCCAAGGAGUUGCAGCUUAAUUAACCUACCUAGCACUUAGGCUGGUUAUUUUAGCAACCGGGUACAGAUUAUUUCAGUCUGACUUGAACCACACUUUCUUUCCAAGCCCUGGGUUGGGGCUCUUUCUUCUCAUAGUACCUGUGGAAGAAGAGUAUGCAGCAGGUAUUCGUGGCUCCAUUACACCAAGGAUUCUCGGUAGCAGGCAGGAUGAUGAGGAGCCCCAACCAGCAAAAUAGUCGUGUUUGUGUGUGAUGCUAUGACUAAUGUUCUUGCGCCUUGUCCUGUUUUCAGCUAGGAUAAAGUUAAUUUUCUUCCAAGUAGCUGGUAUAAUGCUGUGGUUUGAUUUCAUAUGAGAAUAAUGUUGAUAACACACUGAUGUUUCAGUUGUUGCUAAGUAGUGCUUACACUAAGUCAAGGGGUUUUCAGCUCCUCGUGCCCUGCCAGGGAGAAGGCUGGAGGUGCACAAGAAGUUGGAAGGAGGCACAGCCAGGAUAGCUGACCCAAGCUGGCCAAAGGGCUGGCCAAAGGGAUGUUCCAUACCAAAUGAUGUCACGCUCAGCAUGUAAAGUGGGGAGAGUUGGCCGGGGGGGUCGGUGAUUGCUGCUCAGUGACUGACUGGGCAUCGGUUGGCGGGUGGUGAGCAGUCGUCUUUCAUUUGCAUCACUUGUUUUUCUUGGGUUUUAUUUCUCUCUCUUUU